CCUUAGCAUCGCUCUAUUUCUAUCUACUCAUACACGACAGGCAAAGCUUUAGCCAGUUUUAAUACAUAAUGCAUCUCAAAACGCUCCUUCUCGCUGCCUUCGCGGCCACAACUGCCCUUGCAGGCUCUGCCGGCAACGCUAUUGUUGAAAACCAUUGCCCAUUCACAGUCUUUCUUUGGUCUGUUGGUGGCUCUAUCGGUCCCAAGCAUGUUCUGAAGCAAGGUGGCGUCUACAGCGAAAAAAUUCACCGCGAUCCCCAGAGCGGCGGUAUUGCCAUCAAGAUUACCCGUGUUGACGAUGGAAUUUUCAACAACUCCCCACAGACCAACUUUGCAUACAGCUUAACCGACACGAGGGUCUUUUACGAUCUGUCCGACGUCUUUGGCGAUCCGUUCUCCGGCAGCAAAGUCCUCCUUGACCCAAGCGAUCCCAAUUGCGCGGACAUCUGUUGGCCAAAUGGCAUUCCGCCUUCGGGAAGCCAGGUCCGCGACUGCAAUGCGGGCACCGAUCUGAAACUCACACUUUGUGCCUGAAGUUGUGAAGACUUCACUCCGUGACCAAUGAGAUCGGUUAUCAAGUGAUUGGUUUUCACGAUGAGAUGUGUUUCUGGCCUUUAUAUUAGUAGUCGAGGUGCAGGGGGAUGUGGCCUUGUGUGUCACCGUGGUUUUAAUGUCAAAUGUCAGUGUAUCCAUGUAUAUGUUGCGAUUCCUUGCAGUAAAUAUAUGGGUCUCUCUUUCACAGCGCUAUUACAUCUAUAUCUAGUAAUAUUUAGGGUUUAUUUUAAUUUAUUUGAAUAUAUUGCCAUUC